AUGCGCAAUACAGUGGUUGGUAUGUUCGUUCUGGCAUUCAGCCAAGUGCUGCAUCAAUGUGCAGCUCUCGCAACUAGCAAGACGUGCAAGUAUGAUUUGGCCGUCUUGAAUAGCCUGAAGUUUGCAGUGGCGUACCCUUUUGUCUCUGUUGAUAGGGCCAAAUUUCUGAAGGACCUCAAAGUCAGUGUUCCAAAGAGCUCAUGCGUGGUCUUGCAGAAGACUGGUAGGUCGAUCGGACCCAAGCUUGAGAAGGUUUCUUGCCCAACAGACCCAAAGGCAGACUGCUAUCCUGUUGUUGUCAACAACGCAACUUAUGCAUUGCUUCGUCAGAGCGAAUUGCUCCAUGAGGCACACAAGUUCAAAAAGACUUCCGGCAAUCGAGGAGACCGUGGCCAUGCCUUUAUGUUCUGUGAAGACGGUCAGUACAAGAAUCAAGAUGCGUUACCCCAGUGGCCAUCGAUGGCCGAUGCCGCACUGGAGUAUGGCUUCCUCAUUUCCAGGAGUACAGAUGAGAGACGCGACGCAGCAUAUGUAGGAUGCAAGUAUGGAGAGGACAAGACCAAGCCCAAGAACUCGUUCGUCACCUGCCAGAAGCUAUACUGUGCUUGA